AUGACUUCGCAAACUUCAUCUGAGUGCGAUGGCACCUCGUCCGGACAUUACGACGCGUAUGGUACGCGCAAUGGCGACUAUCAAAUGGCAUCAGAUAUGCUGACAAAGAUAAACGCCUUGCGAUUCCUGUUGGAAACCGAUCUUGUUGCCUGUGACGCCAAGUGGACGCUCUUCGUGGCAGCAGCGCAAAGUUACCGCUACGACACGCAGCUGAAGCCCUUUCCACCGCGCUUCGUCUCCGAGCAUGCCGGGCUGGAUAUCGAUGCGCUCAUCUCGGUCAUCAACGAUACACCCAAACUGCGUGUUGUACUACAGAAUAUUGUCGAGCAAAAUUACGAGGAAUUCGAUGCGGACGUACUGGAUCUGUUGCAUCAUGUGCUGAUUGUGCAACGCGAACCAAUGUUGAAUCUGGUGGAUGAAAAUGAGUUCGAUGUGAUUUUCAGCAGCAUGUGCCAGAGUGAACAGCUACCAAGGCCUACGCACGUGUUCAGGGUCUGCAACAUGCCGCUGAUACACGAAGCCAUACAUGAGGAGCCAACGAGCGUCGAAAUUGAGGAACCACCGAAGUUAGCAUUUCAUGGCAACCGCCUCGAUAGCUUCUUUGCAAUGUUGACUCAAGCUGAUGCAUGCAAACAGCAACCGCCAAACACGGAGAAUGCUGGCGACGAUGUAGAUGCGCCCUUAAAAUUGACCACAGACUUGAACGUCGCACUGCAGGAGAGUCCAAACGGUGCCGGUUGGGGUGCAUCCAGCUGUGGUUCGAUGAUUUCGUGCGUGGCGCUUUGCGAAUUCGACAGCCAUCCGGAUUAUGUGUUCACCAACGCCCUGAACUCGCUAAUCGAGAUACGCAAGCCUGAGUUGGUGCGCGUGCGCUACUUGCUUUUCUAUGGCAGCCGUUUCCCAGACGAUGACGAGCCGGAGGAAAAACGCGCAUCCAGUUGGCUAGGACGUAAUAAAUAUCCGCUCUCGCUGGCGUGCUAUAUGCUACUGCUGGCUUCGAUUGGUAUGGCCAACAGCGGCAGUGGACAGUACUGGAAGCAGAUUGUGAGCAAGAAGGCACAUAUAUUUUUCGACUUUUGCCGGCGCAUUUUCACGAUGGACUAGUGUGUGUUGGGAGAGGCACAGAUGAAUUAAAAUGCGCGUAAAUAAAUGCAUUGCAAGGAACACAUUGAAAUGCUAUGCUUCACUGGUUCGUGAACGUCGUUAUAUUUUCUAUUUAUCUGUUACCCAUGUAUGAAUGCAAAAACCUAUGUAUCGAUUAUUCUAAAUAACACCGAAAACU